UGAACGCCAAGCCUCUGGCUAUAUAAAGGGAACCUUGGGGAAGGAUUCCACAGUCCAUAGUGCAGAAGCAGGGGGGAAAAGAAUUAAGUGUCUCCUCAGCCAAGCAAAUCCUCCACUCAUCAUGCUUCCUCCUGCCAUUCAUCUCUCUCUCAUUCCCCUGCUCUGCAUCCUGAUGAGAAACUGUUUGGCUUUUAAAAAUGAUGCCACAGAAAUCCUUUAUUCUCAUGUGGUUAAACCUGUUCCAGCACACCCCAGCAGCAACAGCACCCUGAAUCAAGCCAGGAACGGAGGCAGGCAUUUCAGUAGCACUGGACUGGAUCGAAACAGUCGAGUUCAAGUGGGCUGCAGGGAACUGCGGUCCACCAAAUACAUUUCGGACGGCCAGUGCACCAGCAUCAGCCCUCUGAAGGAGCUGGUGUGCGCGGGAGAGUGCUUGCCCCUGCCGGUGCUUCCCAACUGGAUCGGAGGAGGCUAUGGAACAAAGUACUGGAGCCGGAGGAGCUCCCAGGAGUGGCGGUGUGUCAACGACAAGACGCGCACCCAGAGGAUCCAGCUGCAGUGUCAGGACGGCAGCACGCGCACCUACAAAAUCACCGUGGUCACGGCGUGCAAGUGCAAGAGGUACACCCGGCAGCACAACGAGUCCAGCCACAACUUUGAAAGCGUGUCGCCCGCCAAGCCCGCCCAGCACCACAGAGAGCGGAAGAGAGCCAGCAAAUCCAGCAAGCAUAGUCUGAGCUAGACCUGGACUGACUAGAAAGCAUCUGCUACCCAGAUUUGAUUGCUUGGAAGACACUCUCGAGCCUGCCAUUGCUCUUUCCUCACUUGAAAGUAUAUGCUUUCUGCUUUGAUCAAGCCCAGCAGGCUGUCCUUCUCUGGGACUAGCUUUUCCUUUGCAAGUGUCUCAAGAUGUAAUGAGUAGUUUGCAGUGAAAGCCAGGCAUCCUGUAGUUUCCAUCCCCUCCCCCCACCCCAGUCAUUUCUUUAAAAGCACCUGAUGCUGCAUCCUGUUACAGUUUAAAAAAA